UCCUCCUGCGAUUAACAAAAUAAACUACAGCUCCCAAAAUGCAGCGUAAAAUAGUUGUGUAACUUUCCAGUGUCUUCCAGGAGAAACUCUGCGGCCCAGUCGACUGAAGAGAAACAGUAUUCAAAUCAGUUCUGGAUAUUAUAAAGCUAAACGGGAUUCUAUAUACUCUCCCUUAACGUACAGAUAAUCAUUCGGAAAGGUUCGGAAACUGUCUUGAAAAGAAAACCAGGGUGGAUUUAAGAACGCAGGAUCGCGAGGGCCUAUCAAAUAUGUCCUCUUCCUCGCAGGCAUCUUCCAGGCGGCAAUGGUGCUACCUUUGCGAUUUGCCGAAGAUGCCUUGGGCCAUGAUCUGGGACUUUAGCGAGGCGGUAUGUCGCGGGUGUGUAAACUAUGAAGGCGCGGACAGGAUAGAAUUGCUCAUUGAUGCAGCGCGACAGCUGAAGAGGACACAUGUGAUGCAGGACGGCAGGUCUCCCGGUCCACAGCCUGGUAGUAAACAUGGGCCGGGAGGAAAGGAUGGACCUAUCGACGGAGGCAGACCACCUACGGAACGUUUUGAAAGGGGAAGAGGAGACUACGUGCCUGCUCGACUUCCUAAUGGCCUGCCCAGAUUGGAAGAUGGGGCUCCUAUAGAGGUUAGUAGACAAAGUCCUAAUGCAAGAAGGACCAUGGUAGGAGCUGUACCCCCCAACCUGAUGGCACAGGGGCUUGUGGGAGCCCCUCAUGGGCUAUUAACCGCUGUACCCAGUCUCAACACCAGAGCUGGUGGUGCCCCUCUGACCAUAUCUACACCAAUACUAAGUGAGAUCAGUAAGAGACAGGUCAUGGGUAUGGGGGUGGGCAUGGGUGUAGGCAUGGCUUCCUUCAUGAGUUCUGAUUUUGAGAAGGAGCUGAAGGAGAAACAGAGGAAUGCAGAAGCUCUAGCUGAGCUGUCUGAAAGCGUUCGUAACCGUGCCGACGACUGGGCCAGCCGUCCUAAAGCUGUCCGUGACGCCUUACUCACCCUCUCCAGCUGCACCCCCUUUAAUGUGCGGUUUAAGAAGGACCACAACUUGGUGGGCAGGAUCUUUGCCUUUGAUGGCAAGCUGGGGGUGGAUUUUGAGCUUAAGGUGUUUGUUGAGUAUCCAUGUGGUUCUGGCAAUGUGUUCUCCAGCCUGCUGGCAUUGGUCAAGCAGAUGUUCCACGAAAGUCAAAAAGAUACAGGCAAGGUGAUCAGCUCAGGCUUCAAGUAUGUAGAGUAUGAGAAGAGACAUGGCACAGGUGAUUGGCGCCUCCUCUCCGAACUGCUCAGUGAUGCUGUUCGAGCAUUUAAAGACCAGCCAGCACCUGAGGCGAUCCCCCAACCAUACCUGGAUGCUAGCUACUCCAUGCUGCCCACUGCCCUCUGCCCCAUUGGACGCCCUGUCCCUUCUCGACCCCGCCGGCGCAAAGCCUCACCAGAGCCGGAUGGCGCUGAGAGGAUGCCCACAGAUGAGCAGCUACGGCAGCACUGGCCAAUGGGUCCAUUCCCUGCAAUUUCUGCACACAUCCCUGCCACCCCACUCCCCAGCACUGGGCAGCCUCCCAGUCUGCAGGAGGGCCUGCCAGGUUCCCACAGCAGCGACCCCUCACCCAUCAGUGCACUCAUGAGCGUGGCAGACAACGUGGGUACUGCGGGCCAGUCCCCAAAAGACCUGCCAAGCAGCAGUGGUGCCCAUGCUUCCGCUGCAGGUCUGCAAAACAGUGCCAGUCCCUCUUCAGCUGGGCAGCGCCGCUUGGCAUCACGUAAUGGAGAAACCUCAGCUGGCUCCAGUUCUGGAGGGGCUGCAGCAACUGUGGCGAUGUCUUCUGCUGGAGCAGCUGAUCAAGCAGCCGUGAUGGGUGGUGAGGCCUCCGGUGCAGGUGGUGCCCCUCUCUGUUGCACCAUCUGCCAUGAACGGCUGGAGGACACACACUUUGUCCAGUGCCCCUCGGUGCCUGGGCACAAAUUCUGCUUCCCCUGCACCAGAGAUUUCAUCCGCAGCCAAGGCUCAGGGAGCGAGGUAUACUGCCCUAGUGGUGACAAGUGCCCCCUGGUUGGCUCCAAUGUGCCCUGGGCCUUCAUGCAGGGAGAGAUCUCCACUAUCCUGGCUGGGGAUGUGAAGGUGAAGAAGGAAAGAGACCCAUAACUUGCAGGAGAAUCCAUACCUUUUCCACAUGGUGCUGAAGUCCCAAAGAUGGCCAUGGCUGCCACUGUGAGGCCCACAGCACUAAAGACGACUGUUCAGACAUGCACAUCCUUUUCCUCCAUCCUCUCCCAUCCCUCUCUUUCCUUCUCUAUUCUCCUGUCGCUCUCCCCUUCCAUCCUCUCACCUGUGAUGGUCAUCGUUAAGAAGAAUCCAGACUCAGAGGUGCCCCAUUAUUUGAUACCCCCUGCAGUACAAUCAGUUCCAUCUGUUGGCACCAACAGAAUUGUUUUGUUUGCCCCAAUAUGUAAUGUGCUUUAAGGUAGAGCUUAUAAAACCUCUUUUUUAAUGGGAGGUCUGGGUUAUAAACCCUACUUUAUUUGUCCUUAUUGACUCCCAGACUAAGACACUUGAAAUAUACCAUAGGAUGAAUGAUGAAUGUCUUCUCUGAAUGUCCUAACACCAAAUAGAUGUAAAUUGUACAGGAAAAUUGGAGGUUUAACAAUCACAGUUCUUUUUUUGAUUUGCCACAAAUGCUGCAAUUGUUCAAUAGUUUAGACGUUAUAAGUGCAAAGAGCCCAUUUGAAAUUGCUUAAAUCUGUUCAAAGUUUAACCCAGAGUGUAUAAUAGAAAGCAUACUUAUAUUUUAUACUAUAUGUAGAUUGUAAGAAAUACUCCCUUUUAAUGGUUAUAGACGUGCAAUCUCUAGAUUUGAUACCAUAUUGUUUAUGUACCACUAAGUAUCUGAAUGAACAGGAAACCAAAGAUGGACAUAUUGAAAAUUAUUGUAUCAUACAAUGCUUUAGCAUAUAUUUUUGUGGUAAAAUGGCUUUCAUUAAAUAAGGGGGAACAUUAUAUGGGAAAAGGUUCACGUUGGGAAUCUUAUAUUUAGGUCUGUCUGGGUGAACACAAAGUACAUUUUUUUAAGUGUUAGCACAUCAGUAUAUUUUUUGUAUUUUAACCCUGCUAAGUUGUUAGGAGGUGAUGUGAAGUUGAAAUUUUAUUAGUACAUAUGUUCUGCUGAGUUCUUCUUUAAUGGUCCAGAAUCUUAUUCAGCCUUCUGUCAAUGAAUUCUGUCAAUGGCUACUUUUCAAGAAUUUUUUUCUUUUUUGGUUAUGUUUUGGGGGGAUUUUUGGUGGGUGGUUGUGUUUUGUUUUUGUUUUUUUUUUUGUUUUUUUAAUUGUUGCAGCCCUGAUUUACAUGUAAAAAUGUUUUACAUGUUCUUAUAGCACCAUUCACCUUGUUGAUCCUGUUUUAUGAAUAAAAAAAUCUUUAAAUGAGUAUUUUAUGUAAACCUAAGUAUUGGAAGACCUUUGCUUAAUUGGCAUUUGUUAUCUCUUUAAUUCGAUUUAUAUUAAACAAUUACCUCCUUUUCACAAACCUUCAUAUAUAUUAAAUGUUUACAACAUA